GAAAAAAAGUGUGCCCCAACUGCCAUUUUCAGAAUCCUCCCAGUCGGUGUCAGAUUCCCGACACAAACAGAGCAAGCAUCCAUUUCCCUCUGGAAGAUAAGAUUCCUCGGAGCUGUCGAUCCUUCUGUAUGCGAAUCUUCGAGCUUUUCAGUCUCCAAGAGUUUGUGGGAACUGAAUGGCAGAUGAGAUGGAAAUCGGUCAUGUUAGCAAGAAACCGGCCCACGCAGCAUCGUCGCUGCAGUGGAGUCAGUGGCAGCUGCUGGAUUCUAUUCUCCCGACUGGUGGAUUUGCGCAUUCAUUUGGUCUCGAGGCUGCUAUUGGGACCCAUAUGAUUGGCGGAAGCGAAGAUCUUCGAACUUUCGUGGUCCAUGUACUCGAGAACAGCGGAAGCUUACUUCUUCCCUUUGUGUACUCUGCGAGCAAGUCUCCCGAUGCCAACACCUUGCAUAAUCUCGAUAGGAUGUUGGAUGCAAUGCUAACAAACGAAGUGGGCCGAAAGGCUUCUGUAGCUCAAGGAUCAGCCCUUAUAAGGGUGGCUUCAGCUGCAUUUUUGGAGAUUCCGAGUCUCAAAAUGAUCAGGGAACGCUUCCUGGGUUCCGGGACAGUCUGUUUCCACCAUGCUCCGGUCUUUGGGCUUAUAUGCGGACUGAUCGGGCUUGAUAGUGAGACGAGUCAGAGGGCGUAUGUGUUUAUAACCAUGAGAGAUGUUAUCUCAGCUGCAACAAGGCUGAACUUGAUAGGACCCCUGGGUGCGGCUGUGCUGCAGCAUCAGAUUUCUGAUGUUGCUGAAGCUGUGGUCGAGAAAUGGAAGAACCGAGCAGCCGAUGAAGCGUGCCAAACGGUUCCGUUGCUGGACACAAUACAGGGCUGCCAUGCCUACUUGUUCUCAAGAUUGUUUUGCUCGUGAUGCAAACCAAACCCACCACCCACCACCCACCAACCCCGCGCGCCCCACCCCCCCCCCCCCCCCCCCCCCCCCCCCCCCCCCCCCCCCUCCCCUUCCCCCGGGGAGCUGUAGACUGAACCUGUGAACAACAUUCAUAUUAUAUGAUGCCUUCUAUGCCCGGCUGUUCUAGAAAAUGAAUUCAACGGGUCACUUCUCUAUGAGCUCAGUCUAUAAUUUGCACUAAGCGGAUCUCUCUCUGCCUCCAGCUCGCUUUGGUGGGUUAUUUGGCCGUGGUAAGACCCUCAAUAUACCCGAGCCUUUUUCGGCUUGGCGACUGUGAUCUGCACCAGUGACAACCUGGCAGCCAGCAGCGGGAAAAAUGAAAUCUUGCAACUUCAAGCUGCUGGGGUCGCUGCAAGGUUGAGUUGGAAGUGUCUUUGCAUGUCAUCCUGGAUCGGCAGCGACCUGAUCAAUGCGCCUUCGUUCGGUGGUCCUUGCUACAUUAGCAUGAUUUGUUGUUAACAUUGGCUGGGGUGAAGCCUGAGGAUGCAGCAUAUUGGGGAGGAUGAUACCUGUGAUCUGUGUUUAAUUUGAUUUGUGACUAUCUAAUUUUUCUUUUCUUAAUUUACAUAAGGGCCUUUUUUUAAUAAUUAACUGCUAGAUUAGCAUAUUUCAAUGUCAAACUAUUUAUUUGUAUAUAUCUAAAGUAUCGAAGCAUCGGUCUGACAUAUUGCCUUAGUAUUUGAACUUAGUUUGAUGUAUCUAUUGCCCGAACUUUUCUGCUAA